GACAGCAAGAAAGAUAUCAGUUAAUUCCUAGAUUUACCAAAUGAGAACCCUAUUUUGUGAAUGUUUGUAUAUAGGAGAGUGAGAGAGUAAUAAUUCCCCUAGGAUUUACAGGAAAAUAGUCUAUUCCACAUGUAGACCUCUUCUGGGCAAAAGGAAGUGUCAGCUGCUCUGCAGCACCAUCUCCUCCAUCUUUGGAUCUGAAAAGAGCUUUCUGAAGAUCUCUAGAUCCCCAUGUGGGGACAGCAUGGACCAGGGCGGGGAACCAGGUCAGAGAUUCACCAAGCAAAUAUACUUGAAGCUGGAUUCAACUCCAACUCCAAUAAACCCUGAAGUUACUUGCACUUUGCUAAAUAUUAGCUUUUGUUCAGCCCUCCUGAUAUCUGAAAAAUAUUUCCUCAAAGACAGACCUCUAUUUUAACCAUUGAUCUACCACAGCCAUCUGCAAAUAUCUGUCCAUGGCCUUUUUCUUGCAGGCAAGAUGAAAUAAUGGCAACAAUCAAAGAGUUAACAGGAAGACUUUUUGGCUCUUCCUUCUCCUGCUUCAGGUUUGUCAGUGAUGGCAUGCAACGACACUCCCAUAGACAGUGAUGUUGCUCUCAAUGAGAGUAUCCCAUCCAUAAGCUCCGGUUACACAGCUCUGCCUGCCCCACUCAGGAUAUUGUUGGUAAUAAUAAUGGUAUUCAUGAUUGCCAUUGGAUUUUUUGGUAAUGCCAUUGUCUGCCUCAUUGUCUACCAAAAGCCAGCCAUGCGUUCAGCCAUCAACCUGCUGCUAGCAACUUUGGCCUUUUCUGACAUCAUGCUGUCUUUGUUCUGCAUGCCUUUUACUACAGUUACAAUUAUUACAGUGAACUGGAACUUCGGGGCUCACUUCUGUCGGAUAUCAGCUAUGCUGUAUUGGUUAUUUGUCUUGGAAGGAGUCUCUAUACUCUUGAUCAUUAGCGUGGACCGUUUCUUAAUUAUCGUUCAACGGCAAGACAAGCUGAACCCUUACCGUGCCAAAGUCAUCAUCGCCAUGUCCUGGGCACUGUCCUUCUGCAUUUCCUUUCCUUCAGUGAUUGGAUGGACAUUUGUGGAAGUACCAGCCCGGGCUCCCCAAUGUGUUCUGGGGUACACUGAAUUUCCUGCUGACAGAGCUUACGUCGUGAUGCUAGUUGUGGCAAUUUUCUUCAUCCCUUUCAGUGUCAUGCUGUAUUCUUACCUUUGCAUUCUAAAUACUGUGCGGCGCAAUGCCCUUAGGAUCCACAACCAUGCUGAAAGCCUUUGCUUGAGCCAGGUGAGCAAACUAGGCCUCAUGAGACUACAGAAGCCUCAGCAGAUGAAUGUGGACAUGAGCUUCAAAACCAGAGCCUUCACUACAAUUCUCAUUCUGUUCAUUGGCUUUUCACUCUGCUGGCUUCCACACACCGUCUUCAGCUUGCUCUCUGUCUUUAGCAGACAGUUCUACUACAGCCCUUCUUUCUACAUCACCAGCACCUACAUCCUGUGGCUGAGUUACCUCAAGUCAGUGUUUAACCCUGUCGUCUACUGUUGGAGAAUCAAGAAAUUCCGUGAGGCCUGCAUGGAAUUCAUGCCUAAAACAUUCAAGAUCCUCCCUAAAGUGCCUGGACGAACAAAGAGGAGAAUACAGCCAAGUACAAUAUAUAUCUGUAGUGAGACCCAGUCAGCUGUUUAGGAAGAAGCUGUGGGCCAGUGAGGGAAAAGUUAUGAAAGGAUUGGUUAAAGUAGGCAAUAGUUCAUUUCUACUAUUUACUUUCUACAGUUGUCACAAAUCUUUAAAAGGAUGCUGUGCUGCAUUGUUCCGUGUGUUAAGAUUGUAUGUCUAACUUCCCCAAGCUUACAAAUAAUUAAUUAGUACUGCUUGAAUUAAAACCACUUGGUGCAAUAAUGUUGCAAUACUUGGUGCCAUGUAAAAAUAUCACUUGUGACCAAAAAUAUAGUCCAUCUAAUAACAAUACAUUGGU